AUGGCUUCUUCUCCGUUUCACCGUCCGUUUGGAGCAUCAUCGCCGUUGAACGAAGGUGGCUGGCGACGCUCACAGUUUACCUAUCGUCAGUUCUCGCAACUUGCCUCGUCAAACACUUCGAACCCGCUACGUGUUAUCGCCCACAUUGAUCUGGAUGCUUUCUACGCUCAAUGUGAAAUAAUUCGACUUGGAAUUGCCGAAGACAAGCCGUUGGCCGUCCAGCAAUGGCAAGGCCUUAUCGCCGUCAACUAUCCUGCUCGAGAGCACGGCAUUGGACGCCAUUGUAACGUCGAAGAAGCGAAGAAGCUAUGCCCCGAGCUUAUUGCCCAACAUGUCGCCACAUGGAGGGAGGGUGAUGAUAAAUGGGCAUACCGGGACGACGCCGCCGCCAAUAUCGUGACCGACAAGGUUUCCCUUGACCCUUAUCGACUUCAGUCCAGGAAAAUCUUGGCCUGUAUCAAAGAUGCCUUACCUGUUGACUUACAGAAGGUGGAGAAGGCAAGUAUAGACGAGGUCUUUCUUGACCUUUCAAACCAGGUUCAUUCAAUCCUCCUAGAGCGCUUCCCUGAACUCUCGAAUCCGCCUCCAUAUGAUGAUCCUACCGAGAAACUCCCACUGCCACCUAUCGCUGCGCUCGACUGGCAAACAGAUGCUUUGAUUGAUUUGGAUGAAGAACAAGAAACAACAGAUCCCGAUUGGGACGAUGUGGCUAUCCUCAUCGGCUCUGAAAUUGUCCGUAAAGUGAGGUCCGAGGUCCGACAGAAAUUGGGCUAUACAUGUUCAGCGGGCGUGGCCAGCAACAAGCUACUCAGCAAGUUAGGGUCAGCUUACAAGAAACCUAAUAAGCAGACUGUUGUGCGCAAUCGGGCGGUGUCGGCUUUCAUGGCCGGUUUCAAAGUUACAAAACUACGAAACUUGGGCGGAAAGCUUGGAGAGCAGAUUGUGUCGACCUUCAGCACCGAGAAUGUUACUGAGCUGUUGGAAGUGCCUUUAUCAAGCAUGAAGGCGAAGCUUGGCCACGAAACAGGGUUUUGGGUCUUCAACACCAUUCGAGGCAUCGAUACCAGCGAGGUAAACUCAAGAACUCAGAUCAAAUCGAUGCUCUCAGCCAAGUCCUUUCGCCCCACUAUCAAUUCUUCGGAGCAAGCAUUACGAUGGCUGCGAAUCUUUGCAGCUGACAUAUUCGCUCGACUGGUGGAGGAGGGUGUUUUAGAAAACAAGAGACGACCAAAGACCAUGAAUUUGCAUCAUCGUCACGAGGGACAAGUGCGAUCCCGCCAAGCCCCUAUCCACCAAGGCAGGGCCCUGGAUGAAGAAUGUCUAUUUGAACUAGCUAAGGAUCUCCUCUCGCAGAUAAUCGCUGAAGGCAGAGGUGUAUGGCCAUGUGCAAACCUGAGUCUUAGCGUAGGGGGCUUCGAAGACGGCGUUAAAGGUAACAUGGGCAUCGGUGCGUUUCUUGUCAAAGGGGAGGAGGCAGAAGCACUUCGCCUGUCCACUUCAGAGAGCCGCCCUCCUUCCGCUGGCCCCGAGCCCCUUGCAAAAAAGCGACGUGUCGAGGACAGCGGUAUCCAAAGGUUCUUUUCUAAGAGGUCCUCAACGGACCACGAUGGGAGUUCCUCGAACAAACCACCUACUCCAAAUGAAAACACCAAUACCACGCGUACACUAUCAGAGGACGCCCAAAAGAGCACCAGCUCUGCUACUAAUUAUGGAUAUGAGGCCCGCCAUAGAACCGACAUUGGCUCGCAUCCGUCUACCGUAUCAUUGUGGCAUGCGAGCGCUUUCAGUACUGAGACGGACCGGAACACACAAUUUUCGAUCGAUCCUCUCAAAUGCUCCCGCUGCAAGGCCAACUUUGCCGACCCGGAAGCGCUGCAGAGCCACGGGGACUGGCACAUGGCCAAAGAUCUUCAGGAGGAGGAACGUGUCAAGCCUACAUUCGCUGAACGGCAAUCUACCACACGAAACACCGUACCGAAGACACGAGGGACUGCAGCCAAACGUGGUCGAGGGGAUAAACUUGAGCAAGGUCAAAGCCGGCUCAAAUUUGGCUGA